GAUGGACGUCGAGUGGUUGCGGAACUGGUCCCGAUGGCACCGCAAAGGUUUGGGUAGGGGAGAUCGAAUCGGCUCAAGACGAUGGCCUCCCCUCCUCCCGCCCCUGGCCGCCGCUUGCUCGAUACGAUUUUCCUCGUCGUUCAAAUUUCCCUUCUCACCCUACCCUCCCGUCCAGACUCGAGUCCGUCUGUCCGUCUUGAUAUCCACCUCGGGGGUGUGCAGAACUUGUAGCAUCCACGCAUCCGUCGGUCCAGUGAUGCCAAAAGCCCAGCGUUCACGUGCCUGUCAACAAUGCAGAGAACGACGGGUCAAGUGCGAUGAGACGCCCGAGAUCUGCCAGCAGUGCCGCCGCCUGGGCCUCAGGUGCUCAGGGCCCAUCCAGGGCUCCGUCAUCAUCGACAUGACGGACAGGGUCGCCAAACCCCGCCAGCGCAAGAAGCGAGAGCCCUCGACGGCCAGUGCGAGCACCACCACCGCCCUCAGCCUCACCACCGUGGACCUGCAGCAGCACCACAUCAAGCCCGAACCUGCCGAAAGCCCUAUCGAAACGCGCGCCGAUCUGGCUGUGCGCCCGUUGUCAACGUCGUCGCCGCACGGGAAUAACAGCACCUCCGGCCUGGUCUUUGUUCCCGACGCUGCGGGCCCACCCCCAUCCUCGGCGCUAUCCGUCGUCCCGCAACAUUGGAAGCCUGCUUCCAGCCAAUGGAGCGAGGCCGACGCCGACAACGCCAUCGCCACUAUCCGCCUCCAGUACAGACUGACCGCCUACUAUCGCCCGUCCAAGAUCAUUCCAGAGGCUUUGGACGUGGCUUUCAUCACCCACUUCGUCCAGCUGAACCAUGGCGUCCGUCCCUACAGCCCCGAAAUCCCAUGGAUCACACAUCUGCCCAGGUUGCGCCAGAAUGCCAUCAAGCCCGCUCUGCGCCUGUCUAUCCGAGCCGCCUCCAUGGCCUUCUACGCCACAAUACACCAGGACGCUGCCAUAUUGGUUGAUUCCUAUCGCUGGUAUACCAUGAGUCUGGAAUGCCAGCGCCAGUCCCUUCAAAGAUUGGGUGUGCACGCCAUUCCCAAUGAAGAGGAGAUUCUCGUGCCCAUAAUAUUGAGCCUGUACGAAGUCUUUGCAGGGACCACCACCACAAGUAUCUGGCACCAUCUCUCCGCUGCCAUCCGCAUCAUUGCAAUGCGGGGGCCACAGAAUUGCAGAGGCGUUACCUUUCCCAUGUUCAAAGCCAUGCGCGUGUCUGAUGCCCAUCUUUCCAUGGUCUUCAACAAACCUUCCGUCUUCUCUAGUCCAGAGUGGAUGACCAUCCCCUUCGAGAACCAGAUCAAGAACGCGCCCAUGAUUCUAGCUGACAUCCUCCUUCUCACACCAUCUUGUAUCGGGCUUUGCAAUCCUCGAGCCGGCAACAUGCGCUCCUUUUUCGCCUCGCCAAUCCCACCGGGUACUGACCUUGGGCCCGCCGAGCAGCGCACAAGGCAGCUUCUCCGUUCCCUCGAUGACUGGGCCAUUCGUUUUCCGCACCUCCUUGCCGCUACUGGCGCAGAUCAAACCGUCACAAUUGACAUGCAACGCCUCGCCAUUUCCAGCCCCCGCUCCCCAACGCCCGAAGAACCCCACCUCACGCUGCCAGACAGCUUCGUCGCCUUGACAGCCGCCACGUACGAGGCGAACCGCCUCAUUCUGACCAUGCUUCUCGACAAGGUGUCGGCAGACUGGUCGCAGUCCCCGACUGAAUCUGUGCGAUCUACAACAUCCACAUCGCCCAUCUCACCCGCUACUUCUUCGCUUAUGGAUAUGGCUUUUGCAUCUUCCAAGUCCAUCCUGGAGAUUUCCGAGUACAUGGAAUCGAAGCACCCGGUGGGGUUCGACUUCAUGCGCAGCGUGUUCCCGCUCGUCGUUGUGGCGUGUAUCGGACCUGGAGAAGAGCGAAUGCGCACAGGAAGGCGGAUGUUGGAACGGUGGGGAAAGAAGAGGGGUAUGGCCGGAUUGUGUGCCGCGUGGCUACAAGAAUCGAUCUGA